UCAAUCUUUUCCAGCAAGUAUUUGCUGUAUUCGUGAGUAGCUUUAAUUUUCCGAAGCUGUUCGUGACAGUCAUCUCUCUGAUCACGUAGUGCUUCGCACUCCUCAUGCACUUGUCCCAGUUCCCGAAUUAAUUCUUCCGUUUCCAGUGCAUAACUUUCACAGUGGAGACAGAUCUGGCCUGUAGUCUUUGUCUCGUUUUCUCUGACACGCAGUGCAUGCUGUUUAUUUUCCACGCUCAAAUUGCGCAGCUGAUCUUGCUGGCUCUCAAUUGUUUUGAUCAUGGACAUCCGUUCAUUCGACCAUUUCUGUAUUGCAUCGACGUGAGCUUGCUUUUGUUGACGGAGCUUUUUCUGCCCGCUUCGAGCGCGUUUCUUCCAGUUGCACAACCUGUGUCUCAAUGUGUCUUCCGAGUUUUGGCUAGUCUCAGAUUGAUCACCCUGGUUCGAAUAUACAUCCGAGAUAUCUGGAGAGAGGCUGUGUAUAGAUUCCCUCGACUGCAUCUCAUCAUCGCAAGAUCCGUUUGUUGUAGGAAUCUCCCAAAUAUCUGAGUCUUGCUCUGAUGACCCACGGGCGGGCAUAUUUUGGUUAUCCAGCGGAUCUGGGUCGCCAAUGGACGAGGCAAUAGGCUCGUUGUGCAUUCCAGCAACACUAUUUUCGUGGGGAAGAUGCUCCGCUCCCGACUUGAUGAUACUCCACGACUGUAACAUGUAAGUCGUCCCCAAACGUCUCUUUAUUCCACCACCCCCCAUUCCGAGCUCCUCAUCCAAAGCCCGUUAACUACCAAGGCUCGACCUCUCGGGCAUACGGCCCAUCAUGUCGGGAAAUGAGCUUGUAAUUGGCGUAGAUUAUGGCACAACAAGUACAGGUGUCUGUUACACCGAACAGCCGAAGUUCAGCGAUAUCGAGCCCAUAUUGAAAGUCGUCCAGGACUGGCCGGCCUCUCAAUCCAACAAUGGAACACAAGACAAGGUUCCUAGUGAGAUAGCCUACAUUGAUGGUCGAAAACUCUGGGGCUUCCGCAUUCCCGAAAAUGUACAAAGGUUGAUUUGGACGAAACUUGAGCUUGAUCCCCCAAACAGUGGGGUUGCUAAAACAAUCCGAAAAGAACUGCAAGCUUCAUCGUAUGGCGGAGUAGCCGGUGUCAAAAAGCCUAUGGAUGUCAUCGCAGACUAUCUUUCGGGAAUCGAAAAUCACUUGAUCAAGAACUUAGACCGACGAUACGGUACCGCCUUGUGGAGAACAAUGCCUAUGACACUUGUCAUUACGGUCCCAGCGGUUUGGUCAGACUCAGCAAAAGACCAGACUCUACAAGCCUUUUCCAAAGCUGGAUUCAAUAAUGAAGUCUUUAAAAAACUCAAGAACACCAUCACCGUGACGGAACCGGAGGCUGCGGCAGUUUACACGAUUAAGGAGCUGAGGGGACGUAUGAUGGAAGCGGUACUACAAGUGGGAGACGCCUUUGUUUUGUGUGACAUGGGCGGUGGAACCGUUGACCUUAUAUCGUAUGAAGUCACCAGUAUCGAUCCUGUAGUCAUCAAAGAAGCGACAGUUGGUACUGGCGGGCAGUGUGGCGCGAGCACGGUUGAACGAGCAUUUCUCAAGAUGCUAGAAACCCGACUGGGAGAGAACGAGUUCCAGGAGAUUGCCGGAUGUACAGCGGAAGAACUCUCACAUACUUCAAUCCCAGCAAAUCUGGUCAAAGUUGUGAAGAAUUUCUCAGAGGAAAAACGCAUAUUUGGCGACGAAGAAUAUCAGCCCGACAAGAUCUACAUCUCAGGGUUACCAUUUCCAUGGAGCUCAAAGCGGAAAGAUAACGUGCGAGGUAUCGAGAAAGGUGAAUUGGUAUUAAAUGUCUCUGAAAUGGAGUCCAUGUUCCAAAUUUCUCUUGACGAAACAGUCGAUCUUCUGCAGAAACAGCUCCAGAAGGUAGCGGAGAAUAGUGAAUCAGAGCUGAAGUAUAUUUUCCUAGUCGGCGGCUUCUCGAAUUCGCCAUAUAUGCAACGAAAGAUCGGCGACUUCGCAGAGAGCCAUAGCGGCAUUCGGGUUCUCAAACCCCUUCAACCUUGGUCAGCCAUUGUCAGAGGCGCCGUAUACAAGGGUCUUGAAGCGCAGAAUACAGCCGCAAUGAGAUCCGUCUCAUCUAGGAAAUGUCGGCGUCACUACGGCACCGAUUAUAGUGCACCAUACGAUGCAGAGAAGCAUCAAUACAAAGACAGAUAUGUUGAUGAGAAGACGGGUAAAUUGAGGGCUAAAGAUCAGAUGGAGUGGAUCAUAAACAAAGGCCAAGACCUUCCCACAUCUGAAGCCUUGCAUGGGAAACACACUUUCAGUUUCCGUUUCUGGCCAAAAGAAAGUCGUGUUGUGACCAUCGAAUUCUUUGCUACAGAUAUGGAUAAGGCCCCAAGUCACCGAAAGGAUGAAGGGGUUUAUCAUAUUGCCAAUCUGAAGAUAGACCUUGGGGCUGUUCCAAAGACGGAGUAUCACAGUAAACCAAGUCCUACCGGUCGGACCUAUUUGGAUCUGGACUUCGACAUAGAGAUAUCAGUCCAGUCUGCGCUUGAAUUCUCCCUGUCGGUUAAUGGAAUCCGUUACGGCUCUGUCAAGGCAGACUAUGUCUAAGUUUGCGUGGUCGGGAAGCAAAGUACUCGGCAUGGACGUGGUUCGAGAUUAGAUACAAUUCGAUUUCGAGGAUGGAAGGUGGACAAACUUCAGAGUAAAGGAGGAAUUGGGAGACAAAGGAAUGGCAAUGCACUCCGUUGCCAUGCAUCAUCCAAUUUAUUCACGACUCCAAAGAUGGAGCGCUACACACAUUCAGCCCGACUAGUA